UCCUGCUCCUUGUUGAGCUCCGGGGCUGACACACUGUUCCAGCUCUGGCAAUCAAGUGUCAUUUAUUUAACUCUCUCAGCUGCGUUCCUAGUGAUUCUGCCUGAGUUCCAGUGACUGCAAGAGGGACUGACCCUGGAGGCGACCCCCAGAGCAUCAGAGACCAUGAUGAAGAUGAGCCCUAUCACAGGGUGACAAAUGUUGCUGUUGCUCUUCAGCCUCACAGCGAUGACAAGGAGGAGAAGGUGACUUGCUCCUUGGGGAAAGCAUCAGGCAAGCUCUCCUGCCACUUCCUCUCCCACUCUCCAGGUGAUAUUAACAAGAUCCUGGAGCCCAGCACAGUUGCCUGCGUGGGAAGAGCAGAGACACCACUAUGGGGCAGGAAGAGCGUAACACCACCACCAUCGCCAUCAACUUCGCUGCCAUCUACAACCUCCACAGUGGGGACUUCACCUCCUUCCGAAAUUUCUCCUUCCCAUUCAAUUUCAGCUACAGUGAUUAUGACUUGCCUCUGGACAGUGAGGAUGAUGUGACCAAAACCCGCACCUUCUUUGCGGCCAAGAUUGUGAUUGGGGUGGCACUCAUCGGCAUCAUGCUGGUCUGUGGCAUCGGCAACUUUAUCUUCAUCGCUGCCCUGGCCCGCUACAAGAAGCUGCGCAACCUCACCAACCUACUGAUUGCUAACCUGGCCAUCUCAGACUUCAUCGUGGCUAUCGUCUGCUGUCCCUUUGAGAUGGACUACUAUGUGGUGCGGCAGCUGUCCUGGGAACAUGGCCAUGUGCUCUGUGCCUCUGUCAAUUACUUACGCACCGUCUCCCUUUACGUCUCUACCAAUGCUCUCCUGGCUAUAGCCGUAGACAGGUAUCUGGCCAUUGUCCACCCACUCAAACCACGUAUGAAUUAUCAAACAGCUACUUUCCUAAUUGCUUUGGUCUGGAUAGUCUCCAUAUUCAUUGCGAUACCAUCUGCAUAUUUCACUACUGAAACUGUAAUAUUCAUAGUAAAAAAUCAGGAGAAAAUUUUUUGUGGCCAGAUUUGGCCAGUUGACCAGCAAAUGUAUUAUAAAUCCUACUUCCUCUUCAUCUUUGGCAUUGAAUUUGUUGGACCCGUAAUCACAAUGACCCUGUGUUAUGCCAGGAUCUCCAGAGAGCUUUGGUUUAAAACUGUCCCAGGGUUCCAGACAGAGCAGAUCAGAAAGAGGCUCCGGUGCAGAAGAAAAACAGUCAUGGUACUUAUGUGUAUCCUAACUGCCUAUGUCCUCUGCUGGGCCCCAUUCUAUGGAUUCACUAUCGUCCGUGACUUUUUCCCUACAGUCUUUGUGAAAGAGAAACAUUACCUUACAGCAUUUUACAUAGUCGAGUGCAUUGCCAUGAGCAACAGCAUGAUCAACACCAUGUGCUUUGUAACUGUAAAGAAUAACACUAUGAAGUAUUUGAAGAAGAUCAUGUUGCUUAGGUGGAGAUCUACAUAUAAUAGCAGCAAAUCUAGUGUAGAUUUAGACAUUAAAACUAGUGCAAUGCCUGUCACAGAAGAGGUAGACUGCAUAAAAUUAAAGUAAUCUCUUGUGGUUCUGUUGUCAUGGCAUGUAUAUUCCAUGGGGUGGGGGGCGUUGCCUCAGAAAAUUCUCUUUUUCUGUGAUGAUAUGUACUAAUGGAGAGAACACUGGACUACGAGUCAGUAGACCGUGACUCUGUUCCUAACUAUACCAGUGACCUGCUGUCCCAGCGCUCUUUGCCUCAAUUUCCCCAUCUGUAAAACUGGAACACUGAUACUUCUCUUUUGUAAAUGCCUUUGAAAUUUAGGAAUGGCAAGUUCUAUAUAAGAGCAAGGUUGUAGUGUCUGGGUCUGAAAUUCCCCCAUCUCUCCUAGCAAUGAUGCUGAGAAUUCCCGCCAAUUCCCUUUAAGUCUGGGUAUGACCUUUGCCCUCUUCCAGCCCAUGACCCUUGCCUUUAAGGCACUCAUCCUUCCCCCCCGCCCACCUCCUCUCCACCUCACUAAGGUGAGAAGCAAGACUUUGCUGCUUUAUGGGACUCCUUACCCUCUCAAAAUGUCCAGACUCCUUCAAGUGCCCAAGCGCCUAGCAACCUACUGACAUUUCAGCCCCACACAGCCUUCUGAUCCACAGCAUAGCCCCUUGCCACCGGGCCCGUUUUCUACCAUUUCCUGCUCUAGCAAAGACCUUUACUACUACGUCCUUUACUGUGGCGUCCUGUAUAGAACACUUUGAUCUCAUCCCCCUUUGUACAUUUACGCAGAAUGUUACUUUGCUCUUGGGUACUUGAAAAUGGAAUGGCUCCAUCUUUCCGCCGGCACAGAGGAGUUCCUCCUCGCCUGCUUAGGGCCAGAUUCUGUCACCCUCACUGAUGCUAUGACCAUCAUACUCCAAGAGCGGGCCCAUUCAUUUCAAUGGGACUACUUUCUGAGUAAGGAGCUAUUUAGUGGUUAAAAUUCACCCUUGUGCACAUUGCUUAAGUUCCACAUACGCCCUUAAAAUAGGGUUCAAGUGGGACAUAUAUAGUGUAUAGGGCUUGUGCUGACGCCCUGCAAAAAGGUGAAGGUAAGAGAGAUAGAAUCUGGCCCUCAAUGAACGUGUCACUGAUUUGCUGUUUGACUGUCACUUGAUGUCCGCGUAAAUGUAGCAAAAUCAUGCACCAUGCAACACGUCCAGAUGAAUUCUGUGUAAUCGCCUUUAAUUCCAUCUUUAUCAUUCCGUUUUUGUAUAGCACAAGGAUCAGUGUUUCUUUUAAUUAGUAACUGUGAUUAUACAGAUACUGUCAGUGAAGUACAUUCAUUUAAGCCCCAGUCAUUACACUUCAUGAAUUUUCAUGCAUUGAAAUCAAGGCUUUUCUAUUGAGCUGCAGAACGCUUGUCAUUUUUGUGUAUGUGAUACUGCCUCCCUUUGAAGUAAACCGCGUUUGUAAAUAAUUCGUCUAUUUGUGAAUUUAAAGUGAGCACAAAUGUCUGUUACUUAAUAAAACAAUA